GCUGCAUUUGAGUAUCUUCAUAUCUUCAGUCCACUUGUGUUUUCCAAAGGGGUAAUAGGAUGGUGGAGGGGGGUUGGUGAAGAUGUACCUAGUGGGUGUUCAAGACGUUCAUGUUCAGUACGCAAAACUAAUUGGGGAAUAUGCACUGUCUAUAUGUGAGAAGGACGAUCGUAAAGGCAAUACUGUAGUUUUGGAGCUCUUAGCAAGCGGGUUCACAGUGGUUACACUUUGCUGCUUGUCUGUAAGUGCGACAGCAAACUACUAGUGGAGUGUUUAUAGAGUUUACGAUAGGUCGACCUAUUGAAUGAAAGUGUUUAGGAUAAAC